UCAUCCAUGAAGUAUAAAGAAGGUACAGGUGGCGCUCAUUGUCUCCAAACAUGAAGACCGAGAGCAAAAACGACCCUGAAAAUGAAGGUGUUAGGCCCACGAGUCCAGAAGGGAAGAGUAAGAAGUUAAACGGUGAAAUUGUCAACGGUGGACACAAACUAUCAGCUGUUCAUCAUGAAGAAAGCAACGUCAAACUUCUUCAGGCCUUUAGCGACCCUGGUGGCGCUAGAGAGGAACUAAACUGCGAAGAGUUAGAGAAGUACUACUGUGAACUUUGGUCUUGUCGACCGAAAUGGCUCCAGCCUUUCGCCAAUAAGAAAGUGUUCCUAGUGGUAUUUUGUCUAACUAGUGUGCUCCAAGGAAUGUACUACACAUACUUUGUCAGUGUUCUGACUACAAUAGAAAAACUUUACCAAAUUCAAAGUAAAACGGCCGGUAUUGUCAUGUCAGCCACAGAGAGUGGACAGAUAGGUGGCGCUUUAUUGUUAACCUAUUAUGGCGGACUAGGGCACCGACCACGAUGGAUAGCUGGUGGGACGCUGUUGUGCGCACUUGCUUGUUUCUUGUGUUCGAUUCCUCACUUUCUGUUCAAUGAAGAUUUCUUGUUCUCAACAUCUCCGAGAAACGGCGUUAAUAGCACUUCACCAUUUCGUUAUGAGUUGUGCCACGGAACGUUUCCACCCACUUACCAUUCGUCGACUAAAUCCCCUUUCUGGGAAGAUUCCCCCAUUUACGAAGCCAUUAACGCUUCGAAUUUCACUAUGUCACCCAAUAACUCCAUCAACCGAAACGCUCAGUCUCCAAGCAGCAACGUUUCCUAUCCACUUUCUCAAGCGGAACCUUACUGGAAUCAUAGAGGGAGCCACUGUGAUUCUUCUUAUACGCCGGCCCAGUAUAAAAAGGUCACCAACACAGUUCUUGCCAUUUUCUUUAUGAGUCUUCUGUUUAUUGGUAUUGGUGCCAUGGCGGUAUACACUCUAGGAAUCCCUUACAUAGACGACAAUGUAGCAACUAAGGAGUCUCCCCUGUACUUUGAAAAUCCGACUCAGCUGACCUCGGAUGACCCUCAGUGGUUGGGAGCCUGGUGGUUAGGAGUGUUUCUAGUGGGGGCAGCACUCAUUCUAGUUGCUUGUCCAAUGGCUGCCUUCCCGCGAAACCUUCCUCAGACUCCUUCCUACACUAAUGUCCAGGUAGCAAUUGUGCAGUCCAAUAGCACUAUGUCAGAGAAUCAACCACAGUGGAUUGACAGCCACGUACCCCACUCAAGCACAUCUAGUGCAAGAUCUUUUACACGAGCUAUGAGACGGUUGCUAAGGAACGACAUCCUCUUGUGUCGAACGGCGAGCAGUGUUCUCCAUAUUCUACCCAUUGCUGGCCACUACACUUUCCUUCCAAAGUAUCUGGAAAGUCAGUUUCAGGUGAAUCCUGCUAAAGCCAACACAAUUUCUG